CCUUCGCCUCAGCCUGGGGUGGCAGGAAGGGAAGUGCUGGGCACCGGCCUUGAAAAGCAAAGCCCCUCCUGCUCAGAGAGAGCUGCACGGCGCCAGGGUGCACGCAGGUCCAGUGACCCUAGCCAUGCAAUCCACCGAGGCCUGGACACAAAGCUGGGGUACGACGUUCUGGGACUAUUACUAUUCGGGCUCUGGCUCCCUGGAUCAAAUGGAGCUUUGCCUAGCCUGGAACCUGCCCUACAGCCACGCCAUCAUCCCUGCGCUCUACCUGGCGGCCUUCGCUGUGGGCAUGCCCGGCAAUGCCUUCGUGGUGUGGCUGCUGAUCAGGCAGCGGGGACCGCGGCGGCUGGUGGACACCUUCGUGCUGCACCUGGCGACCGCCGACCUGGGCUUUGUACUCACGCUUCCACUGUGGGCCGCAGCGGAGGCCAAAGGCGGCCUCUGGCCCUUCGGCGACGGCCUGUGCAAACUCAGCAGCUUCGCGUUGGCAGCCACGCGCUGCGCGGGCGCGCUGCUGCUGGCGGGCAUGAGCGUGGACCGCUACCUGGCCGUGGGCCGGCCGCUGAUAGCGCGGCCGCUGCGGAGCCCUCGCUGUGUGCGAGCCGCGUGCUGCGGCGCCUGGGCUGUGGCGUUCCUGGCCGCUCUGCCAGCCUUGCUGUACCGCCGGCUGCAGCCGAGCCCCGACGGCGUGGGCAGCCAGUGCGCCGAGGAGCCAUCUGAUGCGCUCCAGGGCCUCGGCUUGCUGCUCUUGCUGCUGACCUUCGCGCUGCCGCUGGCGGUCACCCUGGUCUUCUAUUGCCGAGUGUCGCGCCGCCUGCCGCGCGUGGGGAGGGCCCGGAGCAAUUCGCUGCGCAUCAUCUUCGCCGUGGAGAGCGUCUUCGUGGGCUCCUGGCUGCCCUUCGGCAUCCUGCGCGCCGUCUUCCACCUGGCGCGCCUCCGGGCGUUGCCGCUGCCCUGCGCGCUGCUACUGGCGCUGCGCUGGGGUCUGGCUAUCACCACCUGCCUGGCUUUCGUCAACAGCUGUGCGAACCCGAUCAUCUACCUCCUACUGGACCGCUCGUUCCGAGCCCGGGCCCGGUUCGGGGUGUGCACGCGCGCCGGGCGCCAGGUGCAAAGGAUCAGCUCGGUGUCCUCGCUCUCCAGGGACGACAGUUCGGUUUUCUGUGGCCGGUCCCCGAAGGCGAGCUCUGCCUCGUCCUGGUAGCCUCCCAGGGGGAGUGGGGGGGACAGAGGUGGAGCGGCCGCGGGGCGACAGUGCUCCCAGAUUCGCCCCAGACUGUGCAUCGGCUUUCUAAGAGCUGGCAGCUAAGACUGGCUGUUCUCACAGACUGAUAGGCGUGGGAAGAUGGGGGUGUUUCCUUAAUUUUCCCCAGGGCAAGAAAGGCUGUAGAUACCCACCUGGAGAAGCGCGGGAAAAGCGCGGGUUCACGGAGUAGAUGUGAGGGAAGAAGGUUUUCCUCUCUGCUUCAUUUGAUGUAGGUCAGCCCAAACAUCCAACCCAGACUCUCAAAGAUCCUUCUUGGCCCUGACUAUUCUUGCCCCUGCAAAAGCCUUUGCCCCCUGAGAAAUUUCUUCUCCAAGUCAGCCCUCUAGCAAUGCCUCCUCAAAACUGUUCUGAGAGGAGUGGCAGCUCUCUCUCUGGUCAUCUUUGUUGCUGUGUUGCCUGAGUCCUGUCUCAUUCCCAGUUUGGAUUUUCAUUUUCAAAGGCUCACCAACCCCAGAGUGAACUGCCCAACUUGGUCCUUCCCACCUGUUCCCUCAGGGUACCUGCCCUGCUCUGGCGACCCCUCUCCCCUCUGGAGAAGCUGUUCUGGCCUUCCUUCUGAAUGCUGGGAUCUGAAAGUUUCAGGGGAUGUUCAGAUUCCCCAUCACUCAUCCAGGGACCCCAGGUUCUUCUGUGAG